GUACCUUGUAUAAAGAAAAUGCCCAGUAAAUGAUUGUCGUUAAAUAAUAUAUUAAGUAUAUGAAUCUCAGUAUCCACUUGUAAAUACCAGAUGUUUAUUAUAAUAAUUACCUACUACUUAUGUAUGAUAGAUAGAUAAUUAUCUGAUUAUAAUCAGUACUUGUCAGUUUAGUAAGUGCAGCGUUAUUUUGAUGUAAGUAGCGCAAUAUUUUUGCCUUUUUCGUCUUUUUCUGGUUAUUUGGACAUGCGCUUUAUUUAGAAUUCGAAAUUUGAAUUAGUCUCAUCUUAUUUUAUUUUCUAUGUCAGUUGAGGUCUUCGCCUUCACACCAUAUUAUUCCUAAACCCGACUCACGUUUUAUUUGUAUGAAAUGCGGCAAAACAUGCCGUGCUGCUAUUGGCUUGAUAAGUCACAAGAGAUCCUGCAGCAAAACGUGACAACUACAUCACCUGCCAAGAUGUUGUGGCAUCAGAUAUCAGUCGAAAUAUGUUCAUCGCGUUUGAUCAACUGAAGAAUUUUAUUACAAAAUUCAACUAAAACAAGUAUAAUUAAGUUCUAAUAAAGCCGUAAUAUUAUUGUGCAUUGGCGUCGUUCAAUGAUGAGUUUCCGGUCUAUCGUUCUCUACGGCCAAGGGGACCAAGCUUGGGGUCAGGCUUGAGAUCACGCUAACAUGCGCAACGUGAUAAAAUUAUUGAUCGUUUGGCGAAAACGAUAAAUUUGUCACUUUCCCUAACACAUGUCGAGAAAACGAUGAUGAAAAGAAAUGUAUUUGGCAACAUGCAUACUUUUCCUGUUGAUUCCUUUGUCAAAUCCAGGACAAUAAGCUAAAAUACUGUAAUAAAAAGUAACAGUAUGAAUAUAUUACGUAGACAUGUCAAAAGUCCACAAUCCACAGAAUGAGAUAAAAAUAUGGUGCCAUGUCAGCGUUCAUAGACAAUUUUGACAGCGCGACAUAACUCUUUUUGGUUUGCCGUUAGCACCAACGUUGCGCAUCUUGCAAACAACUUAGUACCUAUUAUUCAACUUUUAUUUACAGUAGCAAGUGCUCCACUUCGCUACAAUAGGUACAUUUUAUAAUCCAGUCAAAUCACCUACUUACCUUAAUCUUUUUACUUUUUUAUUCGUUAUCUAUAUUUUUUUUGUAAUAAAUAGCUAAGUAUGUUUUGACAAAGGGUAUGGGGCUUACCUUGAUUGUAAAAGGUUAUCAGUGCUCAAUUACACCGAACAAUAUUGUUUUUAAACUUGACAUAUUUCGGGGAGUAUAGUUUUAAACCACGCGCUAUAGUUUUUAUAGGGUAAUUUCUUAACGUAUAAUAUUUUUUUUUUGUAAUGGGACGUUUUAGACCGCAGAUUGUGACUUGGAACCAUAAGACUCGGAGAGAAAGACGUUGCGAGACCGGUGGUGUUACAAUUCAAAGAUUACGCUAAGAGAGACGUAAGCUCCUUUGGUAUCGACAACGUGGCAUGGGAGAAUCAGAAUUGGCUUGCACAGCGAUAAUGAAAGCAUGGAUCGUCUGAAACAGACGUAUGAGCUCGUAUAUAUGUAUAAUACUUAUGUCCGGUUGUAGGUCCCUGUUGAAAGUAUAGCACAUAUAGUAACAUAGUUAUCAUACAAAACAAAAUUAGCUCUAAGUAUCGCAACAGGGAACCUAAAGAUUUUCAUAACGACGUAAUUAUUGUUAAAUCACAUGUAACGACCCGUACAUUAUCGUUGAUUGGUCUUGUCCUUCAGCUAAUUAAGGCCAAUUAUUUAAUCGAGCUUCAAAUACAUAAUGACCACAAACAGGGGUAUUUCUCUAGUGCACGACAGCAAGGUAACAUGGCGCUUUUCAUCAAGAAUCUAAAAGCGUUCAUAAAUAAGGAAAACUUUGACUUUGAGAAUCCCCAUAUCACUCUGAAAGCUUUUCAUCCCCAAAUCUAUAUAAUGUACAUGAUAAAUGGAAUAUUCUUCAACAACAGAAACAGUAAGAUCAGAUACGUGUAUCCGAUGCUUAACACUACGAUGGCGUUGAUAGCGAGUGCGUUCCAGAUGAUGUUCAUGUACCGAGGAGUCACGAUCGAGGACUACGCGUUCGCCUCGGAGUCCUUCUGCUACGUAGUGAUCCUCGGCACUGCUCCCCUCGUCUACAUCAGCACUCUCUAUAACACAGACAUCAUCAUCACACAGCUCAAUGAAAUGGAUAAGGACUUCAUCUUUAUAAGUAGUCUGACGACGAAGCAUAGAGAUCAUUUCCUGAAGGGUCAACUGAUAAUUUGGCAGCUGUGUUUAGCGUGGUUCGCGUUCUGCACGGUUGUUUGUGGCAUGUACAUCGUGAACACAUUUGUUCUCCUUUUUCACUACAGUCUAAUAGCCACCCAGGAUGAACAUAUGAUCAGGCCAUUGAUCUUCCCCAUGUGGCUCCCCGAAGACGACCCCUACAGGACACCUAAUUACGAAAUAUUCAUGUUCUUUCAAAUUGUUUUGAUUUCAAUUAUUUAUCAGAACUUUUGCGGUUACGUGUACAUUCAAUUCCACAUUCUCAUACACUACUACACUAUAAUGGACGUGAUCAUACUUGACUUUGAGGAUAUAUUUGAUGACCUGGAUGAGUCUGUGGUGGACUUGAAGAAAGACGACUCUCGCCGGGUUGAGGUCCAGCUCAUUCUCAACAGCAGGAUGAAGAGAAUCGUGCAAUGGCAUAUCUCGGUUAUCAAGUCUUUGGACACGUUAUCUUCGGUAUACGGACCUCCGCUUGUAUACCAAGUGAUGUUUAGUUCGGUAGCAAUUUGUAUAAUGGCAUAUCAAGUAGUCAAUCAAUUGGAGAACGGAAAAGUUGAUUUUCUCUUCGCAAUGCUUUGGUUUGGUGCGUGCGUCCAACUUUGGAUACCAUGCUACCUCGGAACUUUGAUGAGAGAUAAAGGGUUCGCAAUGGCGGAUGCGUGUUGGUAUUCUGGUUGGUCAAAUACUAAGCUGAGUAUUAUGUUACGAAACGAAAUAGUUUUAUUCAUAUCAAAGACACAGCAACCUCUCAUUAUUAAGUUUACUGCGCUGCCUAACCUAACGCUCGAAACAUUCUCUUCGAUUAUGAGCUCGUCCUACUCGUAUUUCAACAUGCUACGCCAGUCAACUAAAGACUAAAGGAACCGAAUAUAAGAAAAGAG